AUGAGUGAGUACAAGAGCUUUGCAACAGAUGCUAUUCAUUCCGGACACCAUCCAAAUGAAUCCGAUCCCUCGAUUGUCCCUCCGAUCACGAUGUCGUCUACCUACCAAUUAGCUGAAGUCGGUAUCGAUGAUAUCUUCACCGGUCCUGUUAUUUAUUCAAGAUUGGGAAACCCUACACGCGAUUCUCUGGAAAAAUGCAUCGCGAAGCUCGAAAACGCCAAGUACGGCUUUGCUUUUGCAUCGGGAAUGAGCGCAAUUACCGCCUGCUUCCAGUCGUUUCUUCAAUCUGGCGAUCAUGUCGUCUGUAGCGAGGAUAUGUAUGGUAGCACGACUUCCUAUUUGCAGAAAUUGGAAGUGCAAUUCAAUGUCCCCGUCAGCCCGGUUGAUUUUAAGAAAGUAGAGGAUGUGACCGAUGCGAUCACCGAAAAAACAAAGCUUGUUUAUUUCGAGCCAAUCACCAAUCCACUCAUCGGAGUCGUCGAUGUGCCAGCAGUUGUCAAGGCAGUUCGUGAAAAGAAUAAAGAUGCUCUAGUAAUUGUUGACAACACAUUUCUUUCGCCUUGGAAUAUGCGACCAAUCGACUACGGCGUUGACAUCGUCUUGCAUUCUGCGACCAAGUACAUCAACGGUCAUUCGGAUACUAUCUGUGGCUUGGUCUCAACAAAUAAAAUCGAUCUUGCGCGAAAAAUGAAAAACGCGCAACUUUAUCUCGGAGGUGUUCCCUCACCAUUUGAUUGCUUUCUUGUGAGUCGAGGGAUCAAGACGCUCGACUUGCGAAUGGAAAGACACGCGAAGAACGCUCUAAAAGUCGCUGAAUGGCUUGAAAUUCAUCCUUGCGUCGAAAAAGUGAUCUAUCCUGGGCUGAAAUCUCAUCCUCAAUUUGAGCUACUAAAGAAAAUUUCCCGCACUCCUUCCGGAAUGGUGACUUUUACUAUAAAGGGCGGUCGAAGCGAAGCGGAGAGAUUUCUAAAAUCACUGAAGAUCAUUUCCCAUGGAGUUUCCCUUGGUGGAUACGAGUCUCUUGCCCAGCACCCGUUCACUACUACGCAUGGAGCUGUGUCAAAAGAGCAGAAAGACCGAAUCGGCAUUACCGAGAACAUGAUUCGUGUUUCCAUCGGACUGGAAGCCGUUCAUGACAUCAUCGAGGAUAUCGACUACGCCUUGAAAAAAGCAACAAACAACAACAAAGCUUGA